GAAAACCGUUUCUCUGGGGCAGGGGGGGAAAGGCUAGUCAAUCAGGGAAGCGGGGGGAAUGUUCUUCCGGGACGCGGCUCUUCUGGGGGUUUCGCUUCCGGAAGGGUGUUCGGGCUCGUCCCACCCCCCCCUGGAGGGUUGCUCCACCUGCAACUGGAGCCGUCAUGGAGAAAAGUGGGAACAUUCAGUUGGAGAUUCCUGACUUCAGCAAUUCUGUUCUGAGCCACCUCAACCAGCUGCGCAUGCAGGGCCGGCUGUGUGACAUUGUGGUCAAUGUGCAGGGCCAGGCAUUCAGGGCACACAAGGUAGUGCUGGCUGCCAGCUCGCCUUACUUCCGGGACCACAUGUCACUCAACGAGAUGAGCACCGUCUCCAUCUCUGUCAUCAAGAACCCCACUGUCUUUGAGCAACUGCUCUCUUUCUGCUACACUGGGCGGAUAUGCCUCCAGUUGGCUGAUAUCAUAAGCUACCUGACUGCAGCCAGUUUUCUGCAGAUGCAACAUAUUAUAGACAAGUGUACACAGAUCUUGGAGGGCAUUCAUUUCAAAAUUAAUGUGGCUGAGGUUGAAGCAGAAUUGAGCCAAACAAGGGCAAAGCAUCAAGAACGGCCUCCAGAAUCUCAUCGGGCUUCCCCAUCUCUGAAUCGCUCUUUGAGUCCACACCACAGCACCCCAAAAGGAAGCCGAAUGGGCCAGGUCAGCACCGUGCUGGACAUUCGGGAACUUAGUCCUCCUGAGGAGUCUACAAGCCCUCAGAUAAUUGAACAGAGCUCAGAUGUGGAGAGCAGGGAGCCCAUACUGAGGAUUAAUAGGGCAGGUCAGUGGUAUGUGGAGACGGGAGUGGCAGACCAUGGUGGGCAGGGUGAUGAUGAUGUCAAAGUUCUUGGAGCAGUACGAAUCAAAACAGAAAACCUGGAGGAGUGGCUGGGGACAGAAAAUCAGCCAUCUGGAGAAGAUGGAAGCAGUGCUGAGGAGGUCACCGCCAUGGUAAUUGAUACUACAGGCCAUGGAUCAAUGGGACAGGAAAGUUACACUUUAGGCUCAUCAGGAGCAAAAGUGGCCAGGCCAACCAGCACUGAGAUUGACAGAUUUAGCCCUUCUGGUAGUGUGGUUACUGUCAAUGAGCGGUACAGGUCAAAAAGUGAAUCUCCAUGGCGGAUGGAUGAACCUAAGCAACCCAGUUCCCAGGUGGAAGAGUCUGCCAUAGUAGGAGUGAGUGGCUAUGUUGAAUAUCUCCGGGAACAGGAAGUAUCUGAACGGUGGUUUCGCUACAACCCACGUCUCACUUGCAUCUAUUGCGCCAAAUCCUUCAACCAGAAGGGCAGCCUGGACCGGCACAUGCGGCUCCACAUGGGUAUCACACCCUUUGUUUGUCGUAUGUGUGGCAAAAAGUAUACUCGCAAGGAUCAGUUGGAGUACCAUAUCCGCAAACACACAGGCAACAAACCCUUCCACUGCCACGUCUGUGGGAAGAGCUUCCCCUUCCAGGCCAUCCUCAACCAGCACUUUCGUAAGAAUCAUCCUGGCUGCAUGCCUCUGGAGGGGCCACACAGCAUCUCCCCAGAGACCACUGUCACGUCAAGAGGGCAGGCUGAGGAGGAAUCUCCUCUUCAGGAAGAAAUCAGCUUGGUGGGGGAGACAGCACAGGGUUCUGUGUCCACCACUGGGCCAGACUGAAGUGGAAUGCAAGGGUGUGUGAGGGGGAUCCUCUCUAGCUGUAAGCAAACCCCAGUGAGAUGGUGAGCUUGUGUUCUCAUUUGUGCAAUGUCGCCGCCGGACAAAGAAGCUCCCAAGAUGUUGCCAAAAUAGAACAGAUACAAAAAAAAAGGAUGGGACAAAAACUAGGCCAACUAACCUCUGAUUCAGGGAUUGACAGCUUUUUUUGGGGGAGGGGGCUUUUUAAAAAAUGUAUUCAGUAGAGAUCAAGAAGUGACAGCUUUUUUAUUUCUUGGCAGCAGACCCUGUAGUCCUGUGGGCUGUAGAGGUAUAGCUGUGGUGAAUGCAGAGCACUAGUGUCUGUAUUCAUCAGAGUGGUUGUAUCACUGAAGAAGUCAUGAAGACAAGAACUGGUUAUUCUCCCUCUCUCUUCGCUCCCGCCCCCUCAAACUUUCCAGGUAAUUCUUGAGAAGAAUGGUUGUCCUGGUAAAACCUAACUUGUCUAUUUUAUCUCAUUUUAUUUUAGUGUGUCUCUUAAAAGUUGACCCAUUACUUAAUGACUUUUUGGUUUUUGGUUUUUUGGCUUGCCCAUUCAAGGUGCAUGAUCUUGCCUAUUUGUGAUGAGGCAAGCAACUUUUGAGCAGUAUUUUAGGUGACACAAUGUUUAAUUAACUAAGCUACUGAAAAAGAGGGUAGUGGCUGUGAGGCUCUGCCAUGUUUAGGGGGAAUAUUUUCAGUUGCAAAAGGUGGAUAGCUCAUAAUCCUUUGCAAUUUUUGCUCAGUGUCUGGGCUCUGCGAAGACUAUAAAAAUAGAAUGAGGUUUCUAGUCAUGAUGAAUUGUUAAGAUAGCGGCUUUGUCCCAAAGGUCAUCUUUUGCCUCCCUUGCACUUGAUCUAAUAUAACAGCAAUAUGUGUAUAUCAAAAUAGUCAAAUCCCAAUGGGGAAAGAAAUCAUGGCUUGUCUGUUUAUGAAUGUCUCUGUAUUUGGUAUUUUUCUAUGAAAAAAUGCAGAAACAAUCUACAUAAUUUAGAAGGGUCAAUUUCAAUUUUCUUGAACCUAUGUAGGAUUUUUUCAUACGAGUUUACUGGAAGAAUAAGAGUGCAGCUGCCAACCCCAGCAAAUACCUAUCUCAAGUUUCCCAGAACAUUGCUUGUCAGUGAAAGGUUACAGGUGCAGAAGGGCAAAUCUCUUGAAUGUGUAUCGGAGACUUGCAAAAUAAGCAGCAACAGUUUAAGCUCUGCUUUGGUGCUGAACUGAGUUGAUGUACAAAAAAGGCCAAGAGCCACAGGCUUUGCAGCUGGUAUCAUGCUGGUAUUGCUGAUGACGUGAUUAUCAAGUAAUUAGCUGAUUGAUGGGAAAAGAACAGGGAAAGCGAAGAGAAGGCAGAGGUUUUUAAAUGGGGUGGUGGUGGUAUCAUGCUGUCAUUAUGGGAAGGAAGAGAUGGCCUUAUGGCAAACAUGCUGGUUCUUUAUACUAACACUGGGCCAGUCCGGUCUCCUGAGACAAGUUUCCUUGCUUGUAAAAAUGGGGCUGUUUUGAGUGGUAGAACAAAGGAAAGCAGAUACGUGUUCGAUUUCCUCCCCCCUUCUGUUUUUUUUGUAUUAACUGAGAAAUUCAUCCUGUUCUCCAUCUCAUGGGGAGAAAGUUGUUUUGCUUUGUGGUCACAGAAAAUGGAACCAUCAAAAAGAAGCUGAAGUGUUGAAAGAGACCCUCCUAAACAAACUCUCUCGCACUCUCAUUUGGCUUGAAGCAGGGAGGGUAAUAGAGAGAUAUGAAUAUAUAUGCUGCUUUAGUUAUAGCUUUCAAAUCUACCAAAAAAAGAAAAAUUACACUAAAGAGCAUUGAAAGAUAUUUCUAGUUACUUAUAACAAAGAUUUUAAGCGUUUAAAAAUAGAACUUUAAAAAUAUUACCAAACUGUAAGGCAUACAUUUAUUUAUCUACACUUAUGUUAUAUGUAGUUAUAAUGGGAAAGUUUCUCAGCUGAGCUGGUGAUGGUGUUGUAAUGGCUAUACAGAAGAGUUCUCUCCAAAACAGAAUUGCAGCAAAAUCCGUCCAAGUUUAGGUGGCAUCGAGUUGAAGUGGAAUAUUGAACGUGGUAUUCACAGAAGUGUGAGUUUCUUGAACAAGUUGUUGUUGUACUAGUACUGUGAACAGAGGAGCAGCCAAGAAAUCCAGGAUCAUGCCAGCAAUUCCCUGCUUGCUGAUAAGACUCCUCUUUAGUUAGCUUGGCCACAAUUAUUAAACACUUCUUACAUUUUUGCCUGAGCUUAGUUUUAAUAGAAAAAUAAAGCUUGUGAAAGGUGUUUUUAACUUGCCACUGUAGAAACAUAUCUUUUCUAAUUGCAUGUGAACGAGCCAAUAUUCUUGCCCAGAUCUCAUUGAAAUGAGGUUUGCAGUUUGUAGCUAAAGUGGGUGACCUCAUUCAGAUGUAACACUAAACUUUCACUUAGUAUUAUGAGAACAAAUCUACAUGAUCCUUAGGGCUGCACAUUCCCACCCACCCCUCUUUUAGUGCAGCCGCAAGAAUGAGUUCACAAGGUUUGGUUUCUGUUUCAGAUUAACUAGAGGUUAGCAUGUUGUCUGAACUCUAGGGUGUGUUCAUACAACCGAACUUCAAACCAUAAUUCAUGAAGCUGAAUUGUUUCAAUGGACUAUAGUUAAGAUUGUAAUUACAGUUCAAGGUUUAGAUGACAUGCAAACCUACAGUUAAUUUAAAACAGAAGCAGAAGCUUCCAAUUUCUGUGCAGCCACACUGAAGGAGAGGGGAGGGGGUAGCACAGGAGCUCAAGGCUUGCUGCAGUUUAUUCCUACAAUGCUACUUGGUUUACAUUAUGUCCAAACGCAGCCACUAAGGAAUGCAAUUGAGGAACAUUAUUUUGUGCAUGCAAAUGUGUACAAAGAACUUGGGGGAUCUAGAUCUCUCUUUGGCUGUCAGAUACUCUCUUAACAAAGUUUUAGUUAUUGCCAAAAAAAACAAAACACUCCUGAGACUGUGACCUUUUAUUCAGAAAGCAAGGUUCUAGCCCUGAUAGUAACAGAGAGAUUCCUGAAAUUCCUUUGGAGCUAGAUUGAGGUACGGGCCUUCAAUAUUCUGGAAGAUAUUGAUAGUAAGGGACUGGCCCUUCUGCACUCAGCAGAGAUAUGUAACCUUUUGACUGAUUUUUUUUAGUGUGUCAGCUUUUUUCUUGAUUGUGACAGAAUAAAUGAAAACAAAAAGGUAGAAAUCUUGUAGAGAAUUGCAUUCAGAUUGUACACCUAAAUAAAACACAAACAUUACAUGAAUGUCUGCAAACAGCUGUGAUUUGCAUCGUUCCAAUCAGGCCUGGCAUCAGUACAUGCCAUUCUUGAGUAGCUGCUGGGGCCCUAGGAGGGCCCACUGCUGAUGCCUGCUUUGGACCACCCUCCUUUAAAAAAGUGGCUGCAUCUGGGAGCUGCUAUUUACAUUUCUCACAAUUCCCCAAUGUACAGUUACUCUGGGGCAUUGUGGAAAAUUAAAGGAGUGGCUCCUAGGCAUCUAGCACUGAUCUAGAGCUCUGUGGCUGCCUACAGUUGCCACCAUGGCCAGGUAAGACUGCCAUGGCCUGCCACCUAGAAAGCACUUUAACCAAGGGCUACCUGGAACUGGGCUUGAUUCCAGUUGCAGAGUAUUAAAAUUGAGUUUAUUUGAUCAGCCUUGCAAAUGCCUGAGUCUCGGAGCUUGAGAUAAAAGGGAUGGUGUCUGGUAGACCAGAGGACAGAACCAACAGUGCCUAAAGAGGAUGGCAUUUGGCCAGUUGGGAGAAAAAUUUGGCUCUGCUUGGCAGCUCAGAGCAAAUAGCAAAACCUCUUCAAACCACACAGAAAACAGCCUGAUGUGUUCCUUGACUCUACCCUGGGGUUGUACCCUUUCCCCUGGGUACUCAGAGAAGAAGGCUAAAAUUCAAACCCUAAGGAUUAGGUCAGUUCUUUUUUCUGAAGUUGAUUCUUUUUUAGUUAUUAGACUGCAAAUUACUAACGCAGGUGUGUGUGGGCUGGUGGAUGCGUAACACAUUUUGUGGGCUCAUUUGCCAGGCUGGUUUUGUUGCAUACACAAACUGGUUUCAACAUCUUCAUGCUUUGUGUAGCAAUAUUGAUAAUAUCCCUGUGUAUUGCUAGCUAUUUUCAAAAGAUAGUGGCAAAUGUUGCCAGUAGGGUUAUGUAUAACUGAAAAAAACCUGUCGAUACUUAACAUUUGACUAAUUUUUCCAUUGUGGAGCAGUUGCUUAUACAGGAGUUACCAUGUUUGCUGCUAAAACCUCAGCCUUGACUCUGCUAAUACAUAUGCCAUCAAAGGUAUUAGCCUAGUCCAGGCGCUGUGUCCUUAGGGAAGACUAAGGAGUGACUAUACUGUGAUCUCAGCCACAGGGGAGGCAAAUAUAGUUUUUUGUUUGGAUUCUCCAGUGCAGAUGAGCUGGCAAUCUGCCUUUCUAUUCAGUGCAGCUACAGGUUUUUACCCUUGCUAAACUGUGAUUUCAACUGUGAUUCAAAGGGGAAGUGAAACCCUUCCAUAUCAUAAUACCUCAUUAACUAGUGGCCAAUAGCCUGGUAGUUGUGGUGAAUAACUUGUCUCAUUCCUUUCAACGGGACUUAAUAAAAACUAAUAUUACCUGGAUCAGGCCACUGUUUUCUCCUUCAAUGCCAGAAAAGGCCAAGAAGUCUAAUUUUGAUAGCUUGCCUAAGGUAAUUCCCUCUUGAGGGGUAGGAUAGAUUUCAUCGCUCUAUGCUUGCAAGAAAACAGAAAAUAAAAUGCAAGUAAUAAUAACCUUCAGAAUGUGAAAUUUGCAGUUGUCUCCCUGAGUCUGCUGCUAUGCAUUUAUGUUGCCAAAAGCAAUAGAGUGAAUCUGAUGUAAUUCUGAACCAUAACAUUGCUGCACUAGGAAACAAAUAGUUGACAAUAAAAAAAAAUGUAGAUUGACAGUGCCACUGAACUCAGUUGAACUUAAUUCUGAUGGGGCAUGCAUGGGAUUGGAUUGUAAGGGCAGCAUCUCAAUUGUCCCAGAGUGCAGCACACAGAAUAAAGGGCUCAAGUUGGAGAAAGCCAGAUUUCAACUGAACAUCAGGAAAACCUUCCUAACUGUUAGAGCGGUACGUAAUUGGAAGCAAUUAUCCAGGGAGGUGGUGGGCUCCAACACUGGAGGCAUUCAAGAGACAGCUGGGCAGGCAUGUGUUGGGUAUGCUUUAAUUCCUGCAUUGAGCGGGGGGUUGGACUCGAUGGCGUUAUAGGCCCCUUCCAACUCUAUGAUUCUAUGAUCCAACAUUCUUGCUCUGCUAGUGCAAGAGAUGUCUACUUGGGACACUGAAUCUCCCUUCCUCUCCUCCCCUGCAGCUCUCCUCCCCGCACACCCUCAGAAUAGGCUCUAGAGGGUUGAGAGACCCUCCAGAGCAGAUUUUGGGGAUACUCAAGGUUAGAAGAGGAAGGGAAAGUCCCAUUGCUUCCUGUAAAAAUCUGGCUUCCUGUAACUUGAGCCCAUUAUUCUAUGGUCUGCAGUCUGGGAUGACCGAGAAGAGAUCCUGGUCCUCCUCUGUGUGACAUCCUUUCAAGCAUGAAGAUAAAGAACAAUAGUGUAAAUCCUACUUUAGGGCUUUUAAAUAAAAUCUAGGUUUGGUAAAAGAAGGGUUUGGGAUAGUGUCAUACCAUUUUGUAAUUUGCCACUUCCUUGUCCACUGCUGAUGACUAGCAAUUGUUCCCUGGUGAGCAGAUGCAGUGCAAGUUAACUAAAUGACUUACUCCAUCACAGUGGCAUGCCACACAGUAUCCUGCUGUUUAAAGUCAUGAUGGCAUGAACUGCUGUUUGCUACAAACUCCAACCUGAGGAAUAAAGCAGUGCUGUGUGGGCUGUUUGUGGAGCUGAGCUACUCUGCACUCUGUUUCUGGAUUGGAAACUGCCAACACAGCCCCAUGGCUAUACAUGAGGACCACACAGAGCUUUACUGACAUUAGUUAGAAAUACAGGAUAAAUCUAUUGGCUAUGCAUGUGCCUCUUUCAAUAUCUUUUGUCUUAAAUGAGCUGCUGGCACUGGAUCAGAAGGAGCCAACUUGUUGGUCAUAUGUUGUUGUACUAUAAUUCCCGUUGUCCCUGUGGUGGCUGGGGCUGAUGGGAGUUGGAAACCAACAUCAUCUGGAGGGUCACAGAUUCUGCAUCACUUACCUAGAUAAUAACCCUACCUACAGCUGUGCUGCAUUUCUAAAGUUGCCUGUCUUGACCUUAAAACAACUGGUAUGAGAAAGUAGCUCUGUGAAGCAGAAAAGCAGAAAGAUCUAACCAACAGAUUCUUAACAAGAUCUAACCAACAGAUUCUUAACAAGAUCUAACCAGCAGAAGUGGCUAUAUUUAUAGCAAGAUGCUAUAGUUGUUGCUGUGUUGCUCCCAAGGAAUGAGGGAUACUUCACCCAGUGAGGCUCCAGCUUUCCACAUGAAAAGAGGUAUCUUUGUUCCUUUGAUGACAGAGAAUGCUAUCUACAAAGUGUUGAGAAUCCCCUAUUUCCUUGGCAUAUGGAACAUUACUAACUGGAGAUGGAGCUGCCUCUGCUCAUGCUGAGCUCUGUGUGUGUUGAAGUACCCGCGUGAGCCAUAAGAACUGCAGGAACAGAGCAAAAGUUGAUGACAAGUAGCAGAAUUUUUUAGUAACACAGAGUUCUUUGUCAGAUAGGAGCUUGUAGUAUGGAGCAUUUUCAAAAUAACUGUUGCCAAGAAUUUAAAGCUUCAGAAAAAUGUUUCUCUUGUUAGUGGGUUUUUAUUUGUGCUGUGUUUUAUGUGCAGAUUUUCAGUUUAAGAAUAACACAGAUGGAACUACUAUGUCCAUUUUUUUAAAAAAGCAAAACAAAACCCUAGAAAUCUGCCGAAUACAAAUGGGGUUGAUGUUCUGGUAAGAAAAAAAUUGUUCACUCUUUAAAAAAAAACACCUGUCUAUGAUUUGGAAGAAGAUUGCACCAGAGUAAGCAGCUAAGCAUACUGAACAAAACAUAGCCACUUGAAUCAAUUAACUACAGAAACAAACCAAGGUUGUUUAAGUGGAAUUUAAAAGCUUUGGGGUGAUAGUUGGGAAAAGAAGAAAGACCUGAAAUUUGCUUGGCUUGAUAGGGAACCAUGAAGUUUCCAGGCUGGUAUAUGACUUGAUGAUGUACUGAAAAAAUGGCUGGAAUUGGUUGCUUUAAUGUUAGUGGGUUAAAAUCUAGUAUCUGAAAGUUGCUUCUUGUAAUACAUCUUGUGGAUAGAGGAUGGCUCCCAGGAGUUGCUCUCCUAUCUGCAUAGAUGAAUCAGUGUCAUCCAGUUCAUGUACUUGCUACGGAGUCGAUGUCUGGAUAAUGAGUCUGUUAGAAGAAAGCCAGCAAUAUAUAUACUGGGCUGAUUGGUGUGUUUGCACUUCAGAGAAUGAAAUCUUGCACAUAUAAAUGUAUACUAAUAAAUAACUUUAUGCAAAUUAGACUAAAUUAUGUGCAUUAUUUAGCAUUAUGUUCACAUUUUGAAUAUGAUUAGCUCUUUAAAAUAAAAGCACAGUUAGGAGAAUUUGUCAGUUAUGUUAUAUUAGCAGCGAAGUAAAAUAUUGGCCUUGGAUAUAAAGACCACUAAAAAUUAUAUACAACAUAAUUUUAUUUUGCUUUUAAGCAAAAAGAUUUCUGUACCAAUCAAAUGUAACCUGUGCUCAGAAUAAAAUAUAUAAUAUAUGUAAAUUUUAUUUUACAUAAAUAUUCUCUUUUCUCUGAAUUGAUCUUUGAAUUUGUUUGAAAAAUUGAUACUUUGGGCCAGGAAGCAAGUUGGCAAGGAAACUAUGGGUAACGGAGGCAUGGGUGGAGCCAUAUGGCAUAACACGGCCGCAGCAGGAGAGUGACUGGAGACCCUGGUGGUGGAUCAAUGCAUUUUUUAAAUUCUGUACAUUAAUUGUGUAAGAAGUACUUAGCAUAAGAAUUCUCUUGCUGGAUCAUGUAAUAGAAUGUUUUCUUCUCCCUCCUUCCCUCCCCCCCCCAGCAAGCUGAGAUGACCAAGAUUCUAUAUCAGUAGCCAGAUUCUUUGCCACGUGUGAUAAUCCAGACUUGUAUGGGGUUGUGGAAGACUUACUUGCUGUGCCUGGAAAGCGUCCUGAAUCUGCAAAAAGUAAUAUUAAAAAAGCCCUGAAUUACAUGAAAGAAGAUUUCUAUAGAUUUGUACUUGUUUACAGGCUGUCCAUGUGAAUAUGAUAUUUGUGGUCCAUUUCAGCAGUUUAAUAUAAAAUAAUACUUUCCAGCCCUAAGAUCAUACUCCAUGUACCAUAAUAAUCUCACAGCCCACUCAGACACAUAGAUAAUCGCCAUGAUAAAUUCAGAUAUUGAUGUUAAUUCCCAGCAGUUGCUGUGUAACAUGGAAAUGAACAUCUCUGUGUUGGAGAGGAAAGCAAAUAGAUUUUAGAGAGCAUGGGCUAGCUUGUUUCAUUCAAACUGAGAAGUUCUGUUCCCAUAAGAAUCACAUGUGCUUGGCAUCCACUGCAUCCCCUUCUAUUACGAAUGUGCUGUUGUGGUUAGAGUAUCAGGGAGGUUCAGAUCUCCACUUAGCUAUGAAGCUCUCAGAAUGACUUUGGGCAUUCACUCUCAGCAUAACCUACCUACCUCACAGGGUUGUUAUGAGAGGCUGAGGAAAGAACCAUCUCUACUGCCGUGAUUCCUUCGGGAAAGGUUAGGAUAAAAAUGUACUAACUAAAUAAAAUAUUCUGGCAAGACCCUUCUGCAAUUAUUCCACAUUUUUGUAUUAAAUUAUUUAUUUAUUUAUUAAAUUUAUAUCCUGCCCUUCCUCCCGGAAUUACACUUUUGAAACCUGCAUCCUCUCCGCUGCCUCUCCCGAGCCUCCUUGUUCCUUCCUGCCAAGCCAUUCCAUUGCAGUUGCCUUUUACAGUGGGAAUGGCUUCAUCUGUUCCUGCAGGACUUCCAGUCUGUAAGUCCUUUAUGGGUCCAGUGCAAGCUUGUCCCCUACGUUCUUCCUGGUGGCCAGUGUUUUGAUGGAACAAAAUGGGGAGAUGAGAAGACAGGGCCAUUUCUGCUUCCAUAGAUGCAGAGUGAAAAGAGGGAGACUGUUCCCCUUUCCCUGCUACAUUUAUCCAUAGAUUCUAGUCACUGGUUAAGACCUGCUUAAGUUGUUGGUGUAUAGAGCAACCCCCACCCCCAGGGAAGUAGCUGAAGAGACACAAUGAACUCCUUUCUGUUUUAGCUCACUUCUCUAUAUUUAUUGGGUAUGUUCUCUCCCAGCCCAUCCAGCAUAAUUUGAGUAGAUGUGUGCGAGUAUUUUUUUUCUUCAUGGUUAUGUUUAUAUGGUGCUCUGUUCAAUAAUUCUUUGAGUCUGUCUUGUCUUCACUGGUAUUCCAAUUUGCCAGAGAAUUCUGUGCUGUGGGACAAACCUAAGAGUUUGCUUGUAGAAGUUCUCCGGUUCAAUCCCUGGCAUCUCCAGGUAUUUCUGAGUGAAACCUGUUGAAACCCUAGAGAGCUGACACAAUUCAGCGUAGACAAUACUGACAGUACCCAGUGGGUCUGACUCUGGUCCCAUCGGCACUGAACAUUUAAAAACAGCCAUGGCUUCUCCCAAAGAAUUCUGGGAACUUAGUUUGUUAAGGGUGCUGAGAGUUGUUAAGAGGACCCCUCUUCCCCUCACAGAGCUACAAUUCCCAGAGUGGCUUAACAAUCACUCUUCCCAGGGAAGUCUGGGAAUUGUAGCUCUGUGAGAGGAAGAGGGGGUCU